AUGCAACUCACAGAGGGUUCCUACUCCCUUCUACAAGCCAGGGAUCUAGCCCCACACUCAAUCCCGUCCCCAGUGGGAGUCUACCUUCAGUCACCUCACCACCACUCCUUUCCACACCUCUACCAGGGGUAUCGCUACCUGCUCUUGCUUCUAGGAAAGGUGGCUGUCCCUACAGGCCACAUCCAGACUUCAAAGUCAAGGGGCGAGGGGAAGCCUACUUUUGAGGAUUUGGCAGCCCACUCUCUCAGUAGCCCUCUCGGAAGGGAGGAAGAGCAAUGCCCUCUCAGAAAGGAGGAAGAUCCCCUGGAGAGCAGACCACUGCCAAGAGCAUACCUGCAAAGGCUCCAAUACAGUGCCCUGCACUGCCGCCCAAGACCGCCUGACUGCCCUGUUAGCAGCGCCGGGAUAGCUAAGAAGUGUGUGACACCGCCGCACUCACCUCCGCUCCACGCCCAGAGCCAGGCCAAUACCCGGGCCCACGACUUCCCCCAACUACCCCUGGCACGGACCGCUUCUUGCCGGAGACCUACUGGAGAAAGGGCGGCCCACCCCGGCCUACGCCCACCCCGACCCCAAACCCGAGCUCCGGGGGGCCGAGGGUGGGUGACGGAGCCGAAAGGAGAGCCCAUCGCCGAGCUCGCUGCUUUGGAGCAGAAGAGCCCCGAGCGGCAGCAGUCGUCCAGGCUCCCCGGCGCUCCCACCCCGCCCGGCCCAGGGGCGCACUCGCCGGAGCGCUCGGAUGGGCGAGCGAUCCUGGCAGACAAAGCCAGCGCCACCCGCGGGGCCGCCCUCGGGCAGGCGGGGAGGAAGGCUGAGGGACCAAGCAGGGACCUGGGGGAGCAGCCCUCGCCCCCGGAGGACGCCCAGGGGAGUCUGCCUCAGACAAAGAAGAAGGCAGGGCCCGACGCCCCAGCCCAGGCUCCGCGCUCUACUCACCCGCGCGCGGCGGCUGCAGCGGCGGCGCGGCCCGGCUCGGCCGAGGAAGUUAGAGCAAGUUCGGCGGCGCGGGGCGGGAGGGCGCGACUCGGGCCGUCCGAGCGGCGGGGGCGGGGCGCGGAGGGGCGGGGCCGGGGGCGCGGCGCCUGCCGCUGCCUAGGGAAGGGGCGCCCCUACCCUGCACCGCCCGUGCAGCCCCGCGAGCCUGGGCCCGCCCUGGCCCCGCCCCUCCCCUGCCGGCUCGCCCCUCCCCCGCCGGCUCGCCCCUCCCCUACCACGCCCCGCCUCCCCGCUCGCGCGGCACCGCGGACCGCGAGGCCGAGUCGCCGGCCCGCCCCUUUGUCCCGCUCUGGGCGGUGCCGGAGGCUUGGGGCGGCCCGGGUCCUUGCCCUCCCAGUGGGUGCGCGGCGCAGGCCUGGCCUGGCCUGGCCCAGGGCUGGUCGCCUUGUGGCCGCCGGGAGCGCGCUGAGCUUUUUGCGCUGCGCAGACUCCGCUCGGGCCUUGUCGGAGCCGAACCUGGGAGAAGCACGAGCUGUGGGAGGCGGUGUCUCGAGGGAUACACUGGAUAACCGUGGAGAGCCGGCGAAGGAUCAGGAAAAUGGCUGUGGUGGAGAUAGAAGGCGUUCCUGCCGGGCUUUGGAGGCUGGGGGCGGUGGUAGUCUUCAAAAGAAGGAAGGGGAAAUGGUUUUCAUUUCUUUGCAAACCGAAGAGUAACGACAUGCUCCUUCUAGCUUUGGUGCUAAAAAUACCAAGCUUUCUUUGGAUCGUGGCUGAGAUUUGUUCCUCACAUUUACGCUAAAGAGAUGGCUGGGAUGAUUCUUGUGGGUUAAGAGGGGUUUCCAGGGACAGCCAGAAGCGGCUCCCCAGCCUCAGCCUGCCUACCUGUAGAAUGAGUCACGCACACCUCUGUUUCUUAAACUUAUUCUGUGGUUGAGGGCCGAGUGAUCUGCUCUGUUGGGUAACACCAAACAGGGAUCAAUUAAAACUCGGCUAAGACUGGUUGCCACAUGCCAGUACAAGCAGCCAACAGGUUAAUUCCAAUGGUAGGAGUAGAUCUUGAAAUGGAUACUGUUCGGUCCAUUCCCAGGUUUGUUUCUGGCUUUUUGUUUUUGAGAUAAGCUAUCACUUUGUGGCCCAGGCUGGAGUGCAGUGGCAUGACCGUGGCUCAGUGCAGCCUCUACUUCCCGCCUCAGCUUCCCAAGUAGCUGGGACCACAGGUGCAGGGCACCACGUCUAACUACAGACAAGAUAUUGCUAUGUUGCCAAUGCUGGUCUAGAAUUCCUGGGCUCAGGCAAUCCUCCCACCGCUGCCUCCCAGAGUGCUGGAAUUACAGACAUGAGCCACUGUGCCUGGCCAAUUUUGUUUGUUUAAUUAAGGGGGAUGCAACCUGUCUGUGACACCCCAGGCAGUUCAGGCACCUCCGUGGGAACCUGUCCAUUCAUUCAGCAGAUGGUGAGUGCUUGACUGAGUGCCUGAUGGAUGCCAGGCCAUGUGUCUAUGCUGUGACACUUCAGUGAACAGGACAGCUGAGGCUUUUUGCCCGAUAAAGGUAAUUUUUAGUGGAGAAGACAAAUAAAUAAUCACAAGUUGAAGUAAAGGCUGGGACAAAAACAAGGGAUUAGAAUAGAGAAUAAGAGCUACCUCAGAUGAAGUAUUCAGGGAAAGAGUCUUUGAGGAUCAGAUGAAGUAUUCAGGGAAAGGGUCUUUGAGGAGGUGAUCCUGAAAUUGAAAUCAAAAGAAUGAGGAGUUAGCCUUGGGAAAAUUCAGGCAGAGACAUUCCUCCUUGAGAGCAGUAGGUGCCUUUUCAGGGUAAGCUCUGGAUGGGUCAAAGAGGUGAAAGAAAAUCAGUGUGGUUUAAUUAUCAAGCCUUGGGGAGGAGGCCCAGGAUGGAGUGGGAAGGUGGGAGGGGGGGGCGGGCAGAUCAUGCAGGGCCUGUGGGCUGUGUCAGAGAAUGGAGACUUUGUUGAGUCUUGGAAGGGUUUUAUGCAGAAGACUAACAUGUUCUGAUUUAAGGCUGUGCGUGGGUGUCAGGCAAAAAUAAAAGCAGGGAGCCAAUUAGGCUUGCCGCAAUCCAGGCCAAAGAUGAUGGUGGUUUGAACCAAAGUGGUGGCCAUGCUAAGAUGAGUAGUUGAGAGAUGCUAUUUUGAACUUAACAGGACACAUUGAUAGGAAGGACAUGGGGGCAGGAAAUGGAGAAACCAAAGAUAAGUUUCUGGCUGGAGUAAGUGGGUGGACAGUGCUUCAUUUAUUGGAUCAAAAAGCAGCACGUCUCGGGGAGUUAUAUCAGGAAGUCUAUUCAAGCCACAUGGAGCCUAAGCUGCCUGUUAGAGAUCCAGUGGGGGUUAUCCCAUCACUAGGAGCUCAAAGAGAGGCCUGGGCUGGAGAGGGGGCUUUGGGACACAUCAAUAUAAAGACGUUCGAGGCUAUGGGAUCUGAGGACACACAGAGUGAAGUGGUAGACGAAGAAGAGGAGAGAGUUCAGGAGGGACCCAGGGGAACCAACGCAGACAAGAAGACUGAAAAAGAGGCUGGGGAGGCUAGAGAAGAGUCAGGAGAGCGCUGUAUCCCAGAGACAGAAAAUGUUUCCAGAAAGCAGUUGUCAGCUGUGAUAGACACUGCUUAGAAUCAGGUAAGAUAACUGGGACCUGUUGGCUCUGGCAACAUGAAGGCAACUGGUGAACAUGAUAAGGGCACGUUCCUGGAGUAGUGGGGUGGAAGGCAGGCUGUGGUAGAGCUACCAUGUUUGCACAACUUAGGUCUAACAGAGAACAGAGAAUGGGGAGGGAUCUAGAAGGAUGUGGAAGCAUAGGAUGCUUUGGUAGAGAUUGCUAGAUGGCCCUAGAAGCCAUUCUCUGGUCCCUUCAUGAUAGAAUUUCAUGAAGGGACCAGAGGGGUUUGUUAAAAUAUGGGAGUUACUGGAGCCGGCUUGCACGGUGAUAGGAAUGAUCUAAGAAGAAGGCAGGGGCCAUCAUAGGAAAAGCAGGUGAAAGGAGAUGGGGUAUGGACACUAAUGAGGGUCACCACCGACAGAGGGACACUUCCACCAUUAUUAAGGAGAGGAGUAUGGAGACAGAGUGGAGGUUUCUAGUAAGGCUGGGAUCAGGAAAAUGAUUACUCACACCUGGUGAUUUCUGCUUAAUCCCAGAUGUGCAAGAGGUCAUGGGUAUAGAAAAAGAGGAAGCCAGCUUUAUGAACCAUGGACUGAGUGGUUUUGGAGAUCUUGCUGGCCUAAGCAGCCUCUGGGAGACAUGUCCUUUCUGGAACAGUUGGCCACACUGCUGCAGGGUGUGAAAAGUGUGGUGGGAUUACCCACAAAGCCAGCGUGGCCUUCCCCAACAGCCCCCAGACAGUGACAUCUGACACUCACCUGCCAUUCCUGGCUGCAGCAAAGACCCACAAAGUUCCAUCUGACCCAUUCUUACAGCAACAUCAAGUGGCUUGAGAGAGCCUCAGAGAUAAAACGCAGAACAAGUCUAUUUUAUUUUCCUUUAUUAAAAAAUAAAAAUUCAAUAUAGACAGCCCCAACUCAUAAAAGCGUUAUAUUGUAAGCAGUGGUUUACUUUCCUGGCUAGCAUCUAGAACCAUAAUUGCCAAGAAUAUAACUGAACUGUAGUGCAGACUGCAAGCCUAACAUAUGGACUGUGGGAACAACAAAAAAAGAAGCUGAGAGUUUUCCCUGGAUCUGAAGCUGCCAUAAAUCAAAUUUUAAGUGGAAGAGCUUGGCCUUUGUCUUCCCCUGACUUCCUCCAUAGCCCUCUGUGUCUGUCUCCAGUGCUGUGCUUGCUCAUCCUGGGCUCCACUCCACAGCCUGUGUAUGUUUACAGGCCAGUGGGCAGGUCAGAGUGAAAUUGAACAUGGGCAGGUCAGGGUGAAAUUGAACAGAAGAGGGAGUUGGUAUCCUACCUCUCCUAGUUCUCAACAUCUUGAUCUUGAGCAAACCACAUCCCUGAGCCCUGCUGUUCUUAUCCUGUAAGGUCAAGGUAAUACUAAAACCCACCUCACAAGCUUGUAAAAAUCCAAAGAGAGAAAGUUUGUAAAACUUUGAAAAAUACUGGAUAAGCUGUAAAGAACUCUGUUACCUGGGAAAGAUGUCUUAUUAGAGCCAGACUACCAAGGAUUUUCACAACAGUCGGGACAUUUUGGUUGGAAAUGAGAACCCCACUCAGACUAGCUUAGGUCAUCAAAGGGGAGAUUACUGGUAGGAGACUCAGAUUGUUCACAGAAUUGAAAGAACUUGAAACAGAGUGACACUGAAAACUGGGGGCUGAUCCUAACAGCGUCCCAGACUGGGUACCUGCCCUCUGUUUCUCCUGGUUCUCAGAGUUUGCCUUGUCAGGUAUGUAACUAAGUCUACACUCAGUAAGUCGGUAUGAACAGAUCUCAAGAAAGGACCCUAACUGGGUCAGCUCUGGUCAUGUGUUGACUCCUGGACCAAUCACUGUGGUGAGGGUGAUGAGAUACCGUAAUUGGACUAGGUCUGGGUCACAUGCCCAUGCCUGUGAUUAGUAGAGCAAGGUCUACGCAGAAGAGGGGGUGGUGUGUGCAGGCUCAGCAUCAUCACUUUUAGCACCUUAGAAUACUUGGUGUAUUCUAAAGAAUACACCAAGUAUUCCUUAGGCCCUAGGCAGAUUUUAGGCAGAAUAGUGACAUUGUUACAUCCGUGCUCUAGAAAGAUCCCUAAGACUGCAAUGGGAAGAGAAGGUGGCAGGGAACAAGAUUGGAAUAAAAAUUGGUUAGGAAGGAAAUGAUGAGGAAAUAGAGGUGGACAGAAUCAAGAUAUAUUUAGGAGCUAGAUCUGAGAAGUGAUUAAUUGCAUGGGAGAAUGAGGAAUAAGGAGACAUCAUAUUCUGGCUGCACGGGCAGUGGCACUAUUCACUGAGAAGGAACACAAGAGACCCUGUGUGGAUGUAUAAUAUGUUUGGUGAAAGGUGAUGACUUAGACCUCUUCCAUUUCAAGUGUUCCUGGAUGCAGUGAAGAGGUGGUGAAAUUUGCUUUGUGGAGUUAAGAGAGACAGCUAAGCAGAAGUUAUCAAUUAGGGAGUUGUAUCCAUUUGAAAUUGGGUUUAGCUUUUGUAACCAUAACCCAAGACCAGGUGCAGUGGCUCAUGCCUGUAAUCCCAGCACAUUGAAAGGCUGAGGCAGGAGGAUCACUUGAGCUCAGGAGUUUGAGACCAAUCUGUGCAACAUAGUAAGACCCCAUCUCUUUAGAAAAUAGGAAGAAAAGAAAGAGAGAGAGGAGAAAGAGAGAAAAAGGGAGAGAGGAAGGAAGGGAGAGGAAUGCAGGGAGGGAGGAAGGGAAGAAGAAAGUGAGGAAUGAAGGAGGGAGGGAGGGAAGGAAGGAAAGAGAGAGAAAGAAAACAGCCACCCAACUACAUUGCCUUAACUACAUUCAGUUUUCUUGCUGUAGUUGAAAAAACUCAGACACAAGAUGUCUAAAGGUAAGCAGAGCAAGGCUGGUCAGCAGCCGCACAAUGUCAUCAGGUCCCAGCUCCUCUCUGUUGGUCUGUCUGGCUCUCCUUACGGGGAAGAGUCGGCUUUGGUCAUACAAUGGCUGCCCCAGCUCCAGCUUCCCACCCACAUUCCAGAAAGAAAGAAGAAAGAGAAAAAGAAUGAAGGAGCAACACCCAAAACGUAUCCAGAAAUCCCCCGACUAAUGCUUAUGCCUUGCCAGCCAAGUACAGUCACAUGACAAACCAUAACUCCAAAGGAGGUUGGGAAAUGUAGUUUAAAAAAUUAACUCCUGUUUGAAAGAAAUAAGGGAGAAUUGAUAUUGAAGCAGUAUGUGAUAAUUGAAACCAUCAGAGUAGAGGAGAUUAUUCUGGGACUGGGAGAUGAGAAGGCAAAAGGAUCCAGGACAGACUCUUUGGAAAAUCAGAGAGCAGAGGGACCAAAAAGACUGAGGAAGACUGGCUGGUGAGGUAGGAGGAAAGCCAGGAUGGUGGAAUGGACGGAAGUCCAGGGACAACAAGUGUUUCAAGAAAAAGGGAGUGGUCCCAGUUUCCAGGGCUGCAGAGGGCCAGUGAAACAGGGCCGAAGAACAACCAUGGGAUUGGUAGCUUCAGAGAGAAAUGUUUCCGUGGAGAAGUGGGUCAAAGACAGUUAACAGUGGGCUGAACAGCAAAUGGAAAAUUAGAGAGAGGUUGUUAGCUGGAAGAUGAUGAGGAUACACGGUUGCAGGAGGGAGUUUGUUUAAGAAAGGAGAGACUUGGGCCAGGCACAAUGACUCAUGCUUGUAAUACCAGCACUUUGGGAAGCCCAGGUGGGAGGAUCGCUUCAGCCCAGCAGUUCCAGGUAAGCCUGGGCAACAUACUGAAACCCUGUUUCUAUUAAAAGAAAAUAACCGGGGGGGUGGGGAAAAAAAAGAAAAUAACAGGACAAAAAAAGGAGAGACUCAAAUAUGUUUAAAUGAUGAAGGGAGAAGGCAAGAGAAGAGGGGAGUAGGAGAGUCUGGAGGAAGAGAGAAAAUGCUUGCUGGAGGAGGUGGGAAGGAUUGGGGUUCAGAACAAGAGGCUCCAAACUGGAGGACAACUAGACUUUUACAGAGACAGGAGGCAGAAAGACAAGCUGGGUAGGAAUGCACACAUCUGUAGGUUUGGUGGGGCUUCCUGAGGGAAGGGGUCUACUUUCUCUGAAAGUAGGUGGAAUGGUCACCUGCUGAAGGUAAGUGGGUAUCGGGUGGGAUCCAAGGAUUUCAGAGAAACCUAGGAGAGAAUGAGAGAAACCUCUGAUCAGGGGCAAGCAGGCAGGUUUGGGGAAGGGUUGCAAGCCCAGCUGCAAAUGGAGACCCAGAGUGAGAGUAACACACAUCUCAGAUUACAUGACCUUCUUCAUCAGUACUCAGCAGCUGGGGUAAGCGCAAGUGCAGGGAGCACAGACAGCAGGGUUGAUCAAAGUUUGGGGUUUGCCAGGAGAGCAUGAUAGAAAAACAGUGGUGCAAAGGAUUCAAGAAGGUUGGAAAUAAAGCAGUUGAGGUGUUGUAUCCUGAGUCUUGGCUAGUAGGUGAGAGAAGGGACAGCUGUCGGGGCUGGUAGAAAGGGGAAAGAAGAUAAAGCUGCGACUGGAGAACCCUCAGCAAGUAAAGAAUAAAGAUGUGGUGGCAUGAGGCUGUGGUCAGACAGAGGUGUGUAUCCAUGGGACCAGGUGAUCGGGAUGGACAAAACGGAGAAGGGAGAAGCCAGUGGCCCUGAGGGUGAGGAAGUCAGGACGGAAAGGCUAGUGGGAAGAUGGGCCACUGCAUCAGUAUAUGGCAGGACUUGGGGUGCAGGCAAUGGCAGUGAGCUGGUGCCAACAUCUUUGGCAGCACUUUGAUUACAAGCUCAGUUUUGCAUUGGUGUUGACUUUCUUAAAAAAGAGGUCAGGAAGCCUUGGGGAAAGGAGAACAGAAAUUUAUUUCUUGGCCUGUCAUUCAAUACUUGUCCUAUUUGUUCUAGAACAAUCUCUCUUAAGGAAUCUGCAAGCUUCUGGAGGAGGCUCCUACUCUUAUUUGCAACUACAGCCUCAGCCAUAAGACCUCUGCCUUCCAGUGUUGUCCCCUGCAAACGGGACUAAGAUUUGUGAUAGGAGCCCAUGUGUGAGCACAAGACACAGUGGAGCACCCUUUAAGGAUGGCAUCUAAGACUAUCCAAGCAGAUGGUGGUGACGAGGAGUCCCAUCGUCUCUCUGCCCUCUUCCUAUUUCAUAAACUGAAGGUGGUAGAGAAGGAAAGGUUGUUCAGUAGCUGACAUCCCAGGGCCCUUUCAGCCCUGUGACUCAACCACACGGUAAUGACUCCACAUGGGAGAAGAAAGUUUUGCCAAAGAAGAAAACCCCAGAUGUGACCAAAUAAGACAUUUAAGGAGGGAGCAGAUUCUAGAUGUUAAGAGCAACUAUAAUACCAGGAGUCGGACUGCCUGGGCUAAGUCCCAACUCUGCCCCUGAAAGCUGGGUCCACUCAGGGUGGAGAACUGCUCACGUCUACCCAGGGAACUAUGGGAUCUAUGCAAUGUGAAAGCCACUUGACAGCAUAGAGUGUUACUUUUGGAACAAUCUCAUGCAAACUGACCUUCACAAAGCUCUGACUUAGAAACAUAAAUGGGGAAAGGCGGCUCAGAGGGAAUCACCCAGCUGGUAAGUGGUAGAACCAGGACUGUCAGCUUUAUGACCACACCUGAGUCCCCAAUCUGUCUCAAUCUCACACCCAGAGAUUGAGAUGCUAAGGCCCUGGGACCUAUAGGCUCAGACACUGCUAGGAGAGGCACUGAAAGUCCCCUUCCCACUACAAAGUUGGGGAGAGAGGCACACCUAGACGCAGAGCACAGAUGGAUGCCGCAAACAUCACAGGUACCUCUCCCUGUCCCUGUCACAGCUCUAGGGACUUUUACUUUGAUUCCAUGGGAGACUCUGGUAGUCCCUGGGGAACGCUGCGCAGCUGCUGAUACCAUGUGCACACACUGCCACCUAGAGGCAGUCACCAGAAUCGCCAAGUUUAUUAACCCACGGCGGAGGUG